UUUCAACGGCCUCUGUGGUUCAGUGGUUGAACGUUGGACUCACGAUCCGGAAGGUCUCAGGUUCGAAUCCCAGUGGGGACAUAUCACAAAAACCACUUUGUGAUCCCUAGUUUGGUUAAGACAUUACAGGCUGAUUACCCGAUUGUCCGAAAAAAAGAUGAUCCGUGCUUCGGAAGGCACGUUAAACCGUUGGUCCCGGUUACCACUUACUGAUGUAAGUGAGUAAUCGUUACAUGAGUUAUGUCAGGGGCCUUUGGAGGCUCAAUAAUAACCCUGACAACAGAGUUGCUGAGGUUGGUAAUUCAACCCACACAAUAGAAGAAGCUGAUUUUGGACAGGCAGAAGAUAAAUAUGAGCACUAACAACAAAAGGUACUUAUUUACAGAAAAUAGGAAAAAUACACACACACCUCAAUCCAAAUAAUCUAAAUACUCAAAAAAACAUUGUCAAAACACAUAACAUUAUGUUUCACAGCUUCAUUCUUUGCGAUUUAUUAUUAACGUGUUGUAGUAGUGUUUCUACGCAUCAGUCUUGCACGGUAUUCAGAGACUUUAUUUUAUUAUUUUUGUAGGGUAGACGAAAAAAUACCAGUCGCAUACUACCUACCGGCCGCCACACUACCGGUAUUGGUACCGACCGAGCUUCAUUCCGUGUUUCCGUGCUCAAGUCUUCGCACGUGUUGUUUCGUAUUGAAAAAUACUUAGUGAAUAUAUUUUUUUUAUAGCUCAAGUUUGCUUAUUUUCCAUUCUAUCAACGAUGGGAAAGAAGAGAAAACAUGCAGAUAGUGAUGAAGAUUAUAUUAGGCGAAAAAUACGACGGUUGGAAGAAAAAUUGAUAAACAAAGCAAAACGUAACCGCGUUAUUUACUCCUCAGACGACGAUUUAAGCAGUCAGUCUUCAGAUUCGCCGCCGCCAAUGGAGGCAGAGUGCGAAUCCCCGUUACCAGUGAUUGUGCACGCGCCUGCGUCUCCUCCGUCCCAGCCGGAGUCGCCGCCGCCGCCAGACUCGCCGCCGCCGCCGCCGCCGUCACCGCUCCUGCCGCCGCCGAAGCCGCCGUUACCACCUCCGACAGCAUCGCCCCAGCACCGCAAAGUAGACCACAAGCCAGCGAGCAGCAGCGACAGCGGCCGCGGCCGCCCGCACCAGGCAGCGGCGCGGGGCUCAGCGCGCGGCGCGCAUCACCGGCCCGGCCAGCGCUCGCCACCACCGCGUCGCUCUUACCACAAGUAAACUGUGAGGAACACACACCAGCUCCACAAAACCCUAAAAUUGGUUGCCGCGAAGCUUUCCGGCAAACAUUAUUAAAGAAAUCUUUAGCUCCUCAGACUAUAGAAAUCAUGUUAGCAUCGUUAACUGAGUCAACUU